AUGGAGGAGGAGGUGCGGCAGCACCUGGUUGUAGUGGUGGGGGCUUCGCGCGGCCUUGGACGUGCCCUGGCGCUCGAGCUCGUACGCGACCUGGAUGCACCUUCGGGCAGCGUGGAACCACAGCGGCAAGAAGACCGACCACCCGUUAGACCCCACGUGCGAGUAGUGCUCGCCGCUCGUGACGCUGCCGGCCUGGCUUCCACCGCGGCUGCCAUCAACAAACAACAUGGCCAGCUGCAUCAGCUGCAGCAUCCAGGAGUAGCGCCGCGUGUGCUGGAGGUGGACCUGGGUGCGGCGAGCGAAGAUGCCAGCGGCAGAGAAGGAGCCGUGGCCGCCGUCACAGCCGCCGUGCAGGCCGGUGUGGCGGAGGCGCAGGAGCGAGGGCACGCCUGGCGGGUGGUGGUGGUCUACGCGGCGGGCGCGCACGAGCCGGCCUCGGUGCGGGACGACGACGCGGAGGGAGCGCCCUGCUGGCGCUACAGUCGGGCCGAUGACUGGAGCAGCGAGGAGGUGGCCCGCUGGUGGCGAGUGAACGUCGGCAGCGCGGUGGCGCUUCUCUCGCGCCUGCAGGGAGGCCUGGGCCUCGCCGGUCAGGGCUCGCCACAGCCACAACAACAGGGCCGACUGGUGUUCGUGUACCUGUCGUCACAGGCGGCCGAGGAGAGGUGGUGGCCUCAAGGAAACGCCCUGUACGGACCACAGAAAAGAGAGGCUGAGGUGCAGUUGGCGAGCACAGCAUCAGCGACGGACACCACAUUGCUGUGCGUGCGGUACCCCUUUGUGGCGACCGAGAUGGCGGACAAGCUCUUUGCCGAGCUGCUCCCAGUGGAUGCGGGCCUGCACGCUGAUCCCACAGACAUCACAUCGCCGCCCUUGGCACGCGAGCAAGUGUUCCUCCCCCUGGCCAAAGCUGCCGCCGACACCGCAGCUCUGAUCUCGGCGCAGCCCAGCAAGGCUGGUGCCCUACACGCACCCUUCCGCCUGGUGGAGCCGCAGGUCUUCAGCUACGAACCGGCACGCCAAUGA